AGAGUCUUGAGUACAGGUACCUAAGUGGUUGGACGAGACGAGCGAAAUGAGGAGGACGGUAAGAGUGAUAAGGACACGCAUGAGGUUGGUUCGCGAAAUCGCCUGUCGUCUUGUCGAUCAGGCUGAGGCAGCAAUUGAGGCAACAAGUUACCACAACGACGUCAUUGCCAGGAUUUGCCCAUCGCUGCAGUCUGGACACCUUCGGGCCAGAACUUGGGCCAGAACUUGAACCUCGAAUAUCAUGAUAGAUUCCACGUAGUACACCACCACUCUUCCUCCAUACAUGUAAAGUACACUAUCCACCAGAUACUCUAUUAUAAUCUCAUACAGUUCACACAAUCAAAGCCUCUCGGGAGCCUUUUCUUAUUUCCCGCUAUACUUGCUUUCCUACAGACAUUGCACAUUGCCACUUGAAACCUUCAUUCCACCGCGAUGGCAGGCCCCCCAGUCGACUUCUACGUGGCCCUUGAAAUCGACCCCAAAGCCACCCAGCAACAAAUUCGCGACGCUUACAAGAAAGCCGCCUUAAAACACCAUCCAGACCGCGUUCCAGCCGAUUCUCCCCAGCGGCAGACCCGUACGAAGAAAUUCCAAGAGAUCAACGACGCUUAUUACACGCUUUCCGACCCCACCCGUCGACGCGAAUACGAUGCUGCUCGAGCAUACCAUGGCUUCGCCGAGGAACCGGCCGAGGAGGAGGUUCCGCAAUACGAUACGGGUCGAACCCCUGGCUCGUUCCCGUGGUCCGCAUUCGGAUUCGGUUCGAACCGAAAUCGCGAGGAAUUUGACAAUGACCAGUUCGGCAGCGUGUUCGAGGAAAUGCUGCGCGAGGAGGGGAUGGCCGAAGGCGAGCGAGCGCAGCCGACCGGCAAAUUCUGGAGCGUCGUGGGCGGCUUGAGUGGUGGAGCGAUGGGGUUUAUCGUCGCCAAUUUCCCCGGCGCCAUCGCGGGUGCAGUGGCCGGCAACCGGCUUGGAGCGGUACGAGACGCGCGAGGCAAAAGUGUAUAUUCCGUGUUUCAAGAACUGCCGCAAUCGGAGAAAUCCCGACUUCUAGCGGAUUUGGCUUCUAAGGUGUUUGCGCACGUCGUCAGUUCAUAAAGAGUCGGUGGCAUCGGCAGGGACGGUCCUAAUUCGGUUCUGGAGUUGGCAUACCUUGGUCUGGG